AUGCUUAAACCAGGCCGCACCCAACGUCUUCUCUCCUUCACCCUCAAACCCCUCCUCCUCGCCCUCUUCGUCUCCCUCAUCUUCCACUGGACAAGCAGGCCCUCCUCCCCUUCUUUUAAAAAGCCAAUCAACCCACAUCCCCACCUAUCGAAAGCCCUCGUCAUCGCCUCAACCACCUCUUCAAAUCUAACCUGGCUGACUCCCGCCCUACAAUCCUCACACUGGACACCCCAUAUUUACACCACUGAUUCUCCCUCCGCCGAAUUGACCGUACCCGUCAACAAAGGUAAUGAAGCCAUGGUCUACCUGACCUACAUAAUCGACAACUACGACACGCUGCCCGACAUAAUAUUCUUCCACCACGACCACGCUCAAACCUGGCACCAGCAAUUCUCCUCCGCCUACGAACUAGCGCACCUGAACCCGCUGUCCGUCCAGAAACACGGUUACCUAUCCCCGCGCUGUCUCCCGGGGUGUGAGAAUGUCAUCCAGCUGUCCGGCGACGUGGCGCCGUUGCACGAUCUAAAGGGCUCGCCGCGAGAUGUGCAGAUAUCUUCGGUGUUACGGGAGUUUUGGAGCGAGGAUGGGGAAUUGCCGGAGAAGAUAGCGGCGCCGUGUUGUGCGCAGUUUGCGGUUACGCGGGAGGCGGUUAGGAGGAGGGGGGUGGAGACUUGGAGGGCGCUCAGGGAGUGGUUGGUGAAGACAGAUUUGGAUUCGAGGAGUAGUGGGAGGGUGUUGGAGUAUACUUGGCAUUUGUGGUUUGGGAUGGAGGCUGUGCAUUGUCCGGCGGAAGAACAGUGUUUGUGUGAUGUUUUUGGGGUUGGGAAUUGCUCCUGA